AUGGCGAAGGGUGUGCAGAUCACCCCUGUGAGACCCAGCUCUUGCAAGGACUUCCCACGAAAGUGGUUCAGACGCGACGGCAGGCGAAGGACACUCCGAGGUUCGGCAGAAUGGUACAUACCCCCGAAGGCGGAUGGAACACGGAGAAUGCUUUUCCUACAUGGCGGCAGCUACGUGGUCUACGCCCCUCAGGAUGCUGUGUAUCGCUCACUGGCCUCGCGAUUGGCUCUUCGAUGCGGGCUAUGUGUACUCUCCGUUGACUACCGACUUGCUCCUGAGCAUUUAUUCCCGGCUGCAUAUGAGGAUGCAUGUGAAGCUGUGAAGUGGAUCUCUCAGCAUGGACCACCUGACGACGAAGGUGGUGCUAGUGUCACGAAGCCUGCCAAAGAUGUUUUUGUGUGUGGCGACAGUGCUGGAGGAGGCUUGGCACUGGCGGCUUGCAUGUCCCAGCCAAAAUCGAUUCGUCAAAGCCUGCGAGGAGUCAUUGGGCUCUCAGCUUGGACGGAUAUGACGGCGUCCACGCCAAGCUACGACACGCGCCAGUGGUGUGCAGAUACAUGUUCAGGUGAUGCCACCAACGCAGGUGUGGACCGCAAAAGCGGCAGAGAAGAAGCAGAGGGCUACCUGGGACGUGCCUUUGGCUACAGUAUUGGUCGUGAUUGGCGUGCUAGCCCUUUCUUCGCAUCGUCGGCCCGGCUCCGCUCCUUGCCCCCGGUCCUGCUGCAGGUGGGUGAUUUCGAGCUGAUUUUGGAUGAAUCUGUCCUCCUGCAGCAGCGACUAAAGAAGCUUGGUCAUGCAGAUGCAGACGUAACUGUGUAUCCUCGAAUGUGGCAUUGCUGGCAUCAGUAUGAGGAGGGCAGUGGUGUGGCUCCUGGCCUGGAGCAACCGCUGUUCCAAGCUCGAAAAGCUCUUCGCGACCUCGCAAGCUGGGUGUGUGAGGUUCUUGAGGACCGGGAGUUUGGUGCCGUGCUAGCACUGGUUUUGGCGUUAGCAUUCGCCGACCGCGCAGCUGACCUUGAUGAAGUGGCGGAGCUUUGCGAAGCAGCAUUCUUUUUCAAGGACACAAAGCUCUCCUACACCGUCGCCUCACAGAGCAACCUUGAUGCAUGGCACAAGGUUUGCCGAGAAACCUUCGAAGGCCUGGAUUCCGAGGCACAGCGACUCCUGCGUGAGAUGCGGUCAGCUGGCCGACAUCGGAAGGACUUGUUAGAUUGGGAGAUUGAUGGACGAAGCGGGGGUUGGAAGAAUCGCGCGCUUGACAGCAUUGCCAAUGGCAGCCUCAAAGAGCAAGCUGAAUUACCGGAGUUUGUUUCCUUGGACGAGAUUCCAUUGGCCUUCAAGGAAUCCAAAGUGCUGAGAUUCGACGGUUUCAAACUCCUUCCAGAUACUAUGUUUAAUGCAACAUUGACAGACAUUGUGAGACUACACCCGGACUCGGCCAACAGCACCGUCAUGUUCGGAACCUUCGAUCUCACCGGGUCUGUUUGUCGGAUCUUGCUGCUCCUUCCGGUGUCGCGCUUUUACUCGCGAAUUGGUGACAAAGCGAUCUUCCCUGUGAUGAGGGCCGUCCUGGUGACACUUGCGAGCUUCUGCAAGCUCCAGUCGAUGGAUUCUUUGGUCCAGGAACCUGCGAAGCUUGCUGCCUUCGGACCCACCAACGUGAACCUGCGACGAAUACCCAGGUUCGAUGGAGGUCUCAAUGUUGCGGAUCGAUUGGGUCUUGGAGACCUAUCAACGAGAGGCCUGAGCCUGCUGUGGUGUGGCGUCAACCCCACUGGAUGGUGGCAUGCCCUCCACACGGAUGUCCAGGACAAUGUUUUGAUCGAGCUGGUCUCGGCAACAAAUGUUUACAUAUUCCCGAGAGAUUUAUUCUGGAACACCCCCCUGGAUGUGAACAUCACGGGUGUGUACCACAAGAUCAGGUUAGAACCAGGACAGGGGGUUGCCAUCCCCAGCAACUUCCUCCACACCGUGGAGCACUUGCAGGAGAACCGCUUGGCAGUCAAUUACUUUUUUGAGCCUAAGUUUGGCGCAAUGCAAUGGCCGAAUGGCGAGGGUAACUAUUAUGCCGAGAUGGCCAAGAAGGACCGAGCGCACUUGGCUAUGAGGUCUUUGUGGUUUGGUUCGGUUGGACAGCUAUGGGACAGGUUCAACAUCGGCAUUUCAAUGCAUGGUUGGAAAAUGGAGGUGCUUUAG